GCGCCCCGAGCCCGCCGGACCCCGGCCCAGCCCGCACCAUGCUCAAGUGCAUCCCGCUGUGGCGCUGUAACCGGCACGUGGAGUCGGUGGACAAGCGGCACUGCUCGCUGCAGGCCGUGCCCGAGGAGAUCUACCGCUACAGCCGCAGCCUGGAGGAGCUGCUGCUGGACGCCAACCAGCUGCGCGAGCUGCCCAAGCCCUUCUUCCGGCUGCUGAACCUGCGCAAGCUGGGCCUGAGCGACAACGAGAUCCAGCGGCUGCCCCCUGAGGUGGCCAACUUCAUGCAGCUGGUGGAGCUGGACGUGUCCCGCAACGACAUUCCGGAGAUUCCUGAGAGCAUCAAGUUCUGCAAGGCCCUGGAGAUCGCCGACUUCAGCGGGAACCCGCUCUCCAGGCUGCCCGAUGGCUUCACGCAGCUGCGCAGCCUGGCUCACCUGGCCCUCAAUGACGUGUCGCUGCAGGCGCUGCCUGGGGACGUGGGCAACCUCGCCAACCUGGUGACCCUAGAGCUGCGGGAGAACCUGCUCAAGUCUCUGCCUGCGUCCCUGUCUUUCCUGGUCAAGCUGGAGCAGCUGGACCUGGGAGGCAACGACUUGGAAGUGCUGCCAGACACCCUGGGGGCACUGCCCAACCUGCGGGAGCUGUGGCUGGACCGGAACCAGCUGUCUGCGCUGCCCCCGGAGCUGGGCAACCUGCGCCGCCUGGUAUGUCUGGAUGUGUCGGAGAACCGGCUGCAGCAGCUGCCCAUGGAGCUGGGCGGGCUGGCACUGCUCACGGACCUGCUGCUCUCACAAAACCUGCUGCAGCGGCUGCCCGACGGCAUCGGCCAGCUGAAGCAGCUGUCCAUCCUGAAGGUGGACCAGAACCGCCUGUGUGAAGUGACCGAGGCGAUCGGAGACUGCGAGAACCUGUCGGAGCUGAUCCUCACCGAGAACCUGCUGACGGCACUGCCCCGCUCUCUGGGGAGGCUGACGAAGCUGACCAACCUCAACGUGGACCGGAACCACCUGGAAUCCCUGCCCCCCGAGAUCGGGGGCUGCGUGGCCCUCAGCGUACUCUCGCUCAGAGACAACCGCUUGGCCGCCCUGCCACCUGAGCUGGCCCACUCCACUGAGCUGCACGUGCUGGACGUGGCCGGGAACCGGCUGCGGAGUCUGCCGCUGGCGCUCACCCAGCUGCGCCUCAAGGCGCUGUGGCUGGCCGAGAACCAGGCGCAGCCCAUGCUGCACUUCCAGACGGAGGAGGACGGCCAGACCGGCGAGAAGGUGCUCACCUGCUACCUGCUGCCCCAGCAGCCCCUGUCAGGCCGCGAGGCCCCCGGGCAGAGCAGCCCUUCGGAGAGCAGCAACGACAUUCCCCUGAGCCGCACCAGUGUCAUCCAGUUCCUGGACGCGCCUGUGGGCAGCGAGGACGCCGAGGAGGCUGCUGCCGAGAAGCGGGGCCUACAGCGGCGGGCCACGCCUCACCCCAGCGAGCUGAAGGUGAUGAAGAGGGGCAUAGAGGAACGUCGGGCUGAGGCCCCCGACCGGCCUGAGCCAGCUGGGCAGGAGAAGCGCCUGAGCACCGAGUCCGCCUUGAGCCAGGAGUCUGGGGCUGCCAGCAGCACGGCCAGCGAGCCCAGUGCCGGCGCGCCCGGGGCGCAGGAUGGCACAGAGGAGUAUGAGGAGCCCACAGUGCGCUUUGCCGAGGACACACUGCUGUCCGGCCCAGAGGACGAAGGCCCCGGAGGGCAGCCGGAGACGGGUGGUAGGCAGCGGCUGAUCCGCAAGGACACCCCACACUACAAGAAGCACUUCAGGAUCUGCGCGCUGCCCCAGCCCCAGGCUGUGGUGGCACUGCUGCAGGGGACGCCGCGCGAGGGUCCCGGCCUGCCUGGCGACUGGCACAACGGCCCUCUCACGGCCUGGGCCCCAAGGGCGCAGGCCGAGGAGGAGGAGGAGGAGGAGGAGGGCGAGCCCAGCACUGAGGAAGAGGACAAGGAAGAGGAGGCCACGCCGCCCGCACCCUCCGUCAAGGGCGUGUCCUUCGACCAGGCCAAUAACCUGCUGAUCGAGCCCGCACGCAUUGAGGAGGAGGAGCUCACGCUCACCAUCGUGCGGCAGACCGGGGGCCUGGGCAUCAGCAUCGCGGGGGGCAAGGGUUCCACCCCCUACAAGGGCGACGACGAGGGCGUCUUCAUUUCACGGGUGUCAGAGGAGGGUCCCGCGGCCCGGGCCGGCGUGCGAGUGGGCGACAAGCUGCUCGAGGUGAACGGCGUGGCGCUGCAAGACGCGGAACACCACGAAGCCGUGGAGGCCCUGCGUGGCGCGGGGGCAGCGGUGCAGAUGCGCGUGUGGCGGGAGCGCAUGGUGGAGCCGGAGAACGCGGUCACCGUCACGCCCCUGCGGCCCGAGGCCGACUACAGCCCCCGGGAGCGGCGGGGCAGCGCGCGCCUGCCCCCGGCCUCGCCCCUGCGCCAGCGCCACGCAGCCUGCCUGGUCCGCAGCGACAAGGGGCUGGGCUUCAGCAUUGCGGGGGGCAAGGGCUCCACACCGUACCGCGCCGGGGACGGGGGCAUCUUCAUCUCGCGCAUUGCCGAGGGCGGGGCCGCCCAGCGGGCCGGCAUCCUGCAGGUCGGUGACCGCGUGCUCUCGAUCAAUGGCGUGGACGUGACAGAGGCCAGGCACGACCAUGCCGUGUCCCUGCUCACCGCCGCUUCCCCCACUAUCGCCCUGCUGCUCGAGCGGGAGGCUGGGGGCCCCCUGCCACCCUCCCCACCGCCCAGCACCACCCCUGCGGAGCCAGCGCCACCGCCAAGGCUCGCCCCCAGCCUGCUGGCCUCGGCCCUGGAGGGCCCGUACCCUGUGGAGGAGGUUCGCCUGCCACGAGCGGGGGGCCCACUGGGGCUCAGCAUCGUUGGGGGCUCCGACCACUCGAGCCACCCGUUUGGCGUCCAGGAGCCUGGCGUGUUUAUCUCCAAGGUGCAGCCGCGGGGCGUGGCCGCCCGCAGCGGCCUGCGCGUGGGGGACCGCAUCCUGGCAGUGAAUGGCCAGGACGUGCGGGGAGCCACGCAUCAGGAGGCGGUGAGCGCGCUGCUGCGGCCGUGCCUAGAGCUGACCCUGCUGGUGCGGAGGGACCCGCCGCCCCCGGGCUUGCGGGAGCUGUGCAUCCACAAAGCCCCUGGCGAGAAGCUGGGCAUCAGCAUCCGCGGGGGGGCCAAGGGCCACGCGGGCAACCCCUGCGACCCCACAGACGAAGGCAUCUUCAUAUCCAAGGUGAGCCCCUCUGGUGCCGCCGGCCGGGACGGGCGGCUGUGUGUGGGGCUGCGGCUGCUGGAGGUGAACCAGCAGAGCCUGUUGGGCCUGACGCAUGCCGAGGCUGUGCAGCUGCUGCGAGGCGUGGGGGACACACUCACCGUGCUGGUGUGUGAUGGCUUCCAGGCGGGCUCUGCCACCGCCCUAGAGGUGUCCCCAGGGGUCAUCGCCAACCCCUUCGCGGCCAGCCUCGGCCACCGGAACAGCCUGGACAGUGUCUCAUCCAUCGACCGGGAGCUGAGCCCAGAGGGCGAGGCUCUGUCCGGGACAACCGGUGGGAAGAUGGCCGAGGUCCUCUGCUCUUCUGCUGGCCCACAGCCCCCCUCCCCCGACGAGCUGCCUGCCAACGUCAAACAAGCAUACAGAGCCUUCGCGGCUGUGCCCAGCCCGCACCCUCCUGCAGACAGCCCUGCCCAGUCCCCCACGCAGGGGCUUCUGGCCUCCCCGGAGCAGCUGUCCUUCCGUGACCGACAGAAGUACUUUGAGCUUGAGGUGCGCAUGCCCCAGGCUGAAGGCCCCCCAAAGCGCGUGUCCCUGGUGGGUGCUGAUGACCUGCGCAAGAUGCAGGAGGAGGAAGCCCGGAAGCUGCAGCACAAGAGAGCGCAGCUGCUGCGAGAGGAGGCUGCAGCUUCCAGGUCGGCCCUGGACGGGGAGGCCCCGCAGGAGGAGGAGGAAGAGCAGGAGCCGCCGCCCUGGGCUGGCCCUGAGCCAUCCGGAGGGCCCAGCCCACCUUCCCCUGCCGCCCCCCUGGGUGGCAGUGUCCCAGUGCGGACGGCCAAGGCCGAACGGCGCCACCAGGAGCGACUGCGCGUGCAGAGCCCUGAGCUGCCGGCGGAGCGCGCACUGUCCCCAGCCGAGCGCCGUGCCCUGGAAGCCGAGAAGCGGGCGCUGUGGCGGGCAGCCAGGAUGAAGUCCCUGGAGCAGGACGCCCUCCGUGCACAGAUGGUCCUCAGCAGGUCCCAGGACAGCCGCAGCAAGCGCGGGCCCCUGGAGCGGCUGGCUGAGGCGCCCUCCCCGGCGCCCACCCCUUCGCCCACCCCGCCAGAAGACCUCGGCCCCCCGAGUGGCACCUCCCCUGGACGGCUGUCCUUGUCUGGGAAGAAGUUUGACUACCGGGCCUUCGCGGCCCUCCCUUCUUCCAGAACUCUCUGUGCCAUCCAGUCUCCCAGCUUCACGGAGGAGCUGAGGGCCCUGGAGCCGUCCCCCAGCCCCAGCGCACAGGAUGAAGACAGAGAGGUGGCCCUAGUGCUGCUGGGCAGGACGGCCGGCGCCGCGGGCCCCGACGACGUGACGCUGUGCCGGCGGCCCGUGCGCCCGGGGCGUCACGGCCUGGGCCCCGUGCCCUCCUAGAGCCACCCUCCUGCCUCCCCGACUCGGGCGGGGGGUCUUACCAGCCCCGCCCCGCCCCGCCCCAGCCGGGCCUCCUUGGCAAGACUGUGACUAGCAACGUUUGUACAACCAAAGACUCUAUUUUGUGGUUUAAGGAGAAUAAAAUUGCCUACGUUUUA